UUCGCUUUCGCUGUGCUCGCAGUGCUCGUGUGUGUCGAUUGCGGUGUUUGCCGGUUAAUGGGCUAUUAUUGUUGUGUUUCUCUUUUGUCAAAAAACACACGCUGAAGAAGCCGAUCUUUAAGCUACGCGUGCAGUGUAUCCGCAUCUGCAAACGCCGGCACCAGGACUCGUAUUCGUAGUUUAUAAAUUGGGAGGUUACUGUGUUACUGUGGCAGGCAGUGAUUCGCGAUACAUGACGCGAAGGUUUUGAGAUCCGUCGUAUUUAGAGUAUUACCGCUGAGUCACUAAACUCAUAAAGGAUGUACAAAGUGAAAGUGAAAUGGGGGAAAGAGACCUUCCCUGACGUAGAAGUGGACACAAAAGAGGAGCCCAUGGUGUUCAAGGCACAGCUGUUUGCCAUUACCGGCGUUCAACCGGAUCGACAGAAAGUUAUGGUCAAGGGUACCGUUCUCAAGGAUGACGACUGGGGCAACAUCCAGCUGAAAGAUGGUUCACUGGUGCUCUUGAUGGGUAGCAGGGAUGCUCUGCCUGCUGAACCUACAGAGAAACCUAUCUUUGUGGAGGACAUGACUGAGAGUGAGCUGGCCACAGCAUUGGAGAUGCCAGCUGGGCUCACUAACUUGGGCAACACCUGUUACAUGAAUGCUACAGUACAAUGCUUGAGGACGGUGCCUGAACUCAGAGAUGCCCUCCGCAGGUACGAGGGUGACCUAGGUGUGCUUGGUGCGCAAUCUGUGACAGCGGCGCUGCGGGACCUAUAUGGAGUCAUGGACAAGUCAGCGGUGGUGCCCCCUAUCCUUCUACUGCAGGUCUUGCACCUUGCAUUCCCACGUUUCGCUGAGAAGUCUGAACGAGGUGGCUUUGUACAGCAGGAUGCCAAUGAAUGUUGGACAGAGUUGGUACGGAUGCUUCAGCAAAAGCUGAACCCUGUGAACCACAGUCCAUCAGAGACGGGACCCAACACCAACAAGUUUGCAAACUUUGUGGAUCAGUACUUUGGGGGAAUUGUUGAUGUCACGUUGAAGUGCAAGGAGUCGAGCGAUGAGCCCCCAACCAAAACGACGGAACACUUUUUACAGUUGAGCUGCUUCAUUUCUCAGGAUGUCAGGUACAUGUUUGCAGGCCUCAAAAGUAGGUUACAAGAAACUAUCACCAAGUUCUCUCCUAUGCUCAAUCGGGAUGCGGAAUACCAGAAGACAAGUACCAUCAGUCGGCUACCAGCCUAUCUUACCAUUCAGUUUGUGCGCUUCUUUUACAAGGAAAAGGGAGCAGUCAAUGCAAAGAUCCUCAAGGACGUCAAGUUCCCCAUGCAGCUGGACAUGUUUGAGUUGUGCUCUGAAGAGCUUCAGCAGCGGCUCAUUCCUAUGCGCAACAAGUUCAAGGAGCAGGAGGACAGCAAAAUGGAAGUGGUUCCCCCAGCUGAAGGCAGCACUACCAGCAGAAAGACUCGCCACGAACCCUUCUCCUUCCCGCAAGAUCCAGGGUCGAGCAAUAGCGGUUACUAUGAGCUGCAGGCUGUACUGACACACAAGGGCCGAUCAAGUUCAAGUGGGCACUAUGUUUCCUGGAUACGGAAGCAGGCACACACAGAGGAGUGGUACAAGUGUGAUGACGACAAGGUCUCGCUAGUCUCACAGGAGGAGAUCCUCAAGCUCUCCGGAGGAGGUGACUGGCACUGUGCCUACGUGCUCCUUUAUGGCCCACAGAUGCUUGAAGUUCCAGAAGAAGUGUAAUGAUGUAUGCAAGAAAAUAAAUACUAUUUGGUCUGCAGA